AUGCCCUCCCGGCCUGGACGUGACCCGCCGCUGCCUCCGCUGCCUCCGAUCUUGAGCCCUAGCGUCACCGCUCCUCCCUCGAGCCUCCCCCGAGGGCUUCCCGUAGCUCCUGCCCUAGAUAUCACUAGGAAGCGGUUACCGGAGCGUCAGAAUGCGCCUACGAUGGCCACGAUGAAUGGCUCCGCGCCCACUAGUUCCCGUCGAGGGCAUCACCGCUCAAUCAGCCAUCCAUUUCCGUUUCCUGGACUUGGGAAGAGGCGUGACAAGGCAAAAGCGAACAUGUGGGAAUCAGAUUCGGACUCCGAUGAGAUUACCUUUCCCACCGAUACUGUUGAUGGAAGCCCUCGCAAGGACUCGAGAGUUGGAGGAGAUCUCGCAGAAACCAAGUGUCAAACAUGCAACUCGACAGUACGGUGGCCACGGAACUUGAAGACAUUUCGAUGCUCUGCAUGCUUGAUGGUAACUGAUCUGGACCCCGAACCAUUGAAUGAGUCAAACCCCUCCGUCAACCCAGAUGCUGAAGACCGGGCUCGGACUGGGCGCGCUAAGAAUCACCCUUUUGACGAUCGUCCCUUACCACCACUGCCACCAUCUGCACGGCCACCAGAGCAAAAGCCGGAUAUGCCAUUGUCAGCAAAGUACAUGAGCGAUAUGAUCGACCGAUGUCUUUCGAUGUACUUUGACAAGUUUUUGGAUGGAUCUAAGUCAAGUCCAGGACCAGACGACAACCGAAACGGCCGAGCACGUCCUUCUAGACCGGAAGAAUAUUCUUCAGUGACAGGCCGUGGCCCUGGCGGCCAUCUGUCACCCCCUCGUGACCCUCGCAGCCGUAGCACAUCUGGAUCUGGCGAACGACUUGGUGUGCCAAAGAACCCCUCCACUUUCCUGACACCACACGUGGCUCAAUGGGAAGGCAAGGAUACGCCAGUCCGGACUCGAGCCAACUCAGACCUUCAGUCGAGCCCAAAUACCGAUCGUCGUACUCAAGACCGUCCCACACACCAUUCGGAUUUGGAGAACAAAGACCGCGAAGCUCACCAUGGGGUAUUUGAGCGACUGGAGAACUACUUGAUCGCUUCUUUGAAAGGCAUCGAUGUUCUCAAUACGUCUUUUUCAACACACCAACUCUCUGUUCGAUCUGCUAGCAGUGGUAAUCCUCCGAGGAUGAAAAUGGAUCCCAAUACUGUCCUAGAGUCAAACUUGAAUGCGGCCGUGUUUGAGCCAGAUGCAAAAACUCUACUUUUGGGAGACUUGGCCGAAAAUUCGUCUUGGUGGAUGACGGAAUGGGCUCAGGCUGAGGGACACUUGGCUCCAUCAGCUAGGGAGAAAGGAACUCUAGAUUCUCGUUUGGUAUCUUCGAGGUCUCCUCGGAUCAAUUGGGCUGAGGUGGGACGCUGGCAUCAGCUACUCCUAACCGCCGGGAGCUCCUGGGCCGAACGUUGGGUUGCCAAGAGACCAGACCAUAUUCGUUCAGAUGCCGAUGCAGCUCGUCAAAAGAGAUGGGAAUCGGUGAAUCUGGCUCAAAUGGAGAGAGAGAUCAUUGAGUCACGCGUACACCUCCAGCGGACGUUUAUGAAAGCUGUCGAGAAUCUCUUGAAGCGCCCACGGCGCCUGAUCAAGAAAGCAGACGAUACCAGGUGGUUGUUCAUCUUACUUGCCAACCCUUUGUUGUCAUCUCCCGGUGCUUAUUCUCCCCCUCGGCCGGCAAAAGCACCGCCUCGUGAUGGCCGACGCCCAUCCCAUCCGAUUGGAGGCCCGCGGCCCACUACAAGGGACGGCAAAUCUUCGCAUAAAGAUCAAAACCGUCACGGAAGCACUAGUCACCACCAUGGAGUCGUGAAGCGGAUCCUGGGAUUGAUGUCCAAUGCUUCUAAUGAAUGCCACCACCAUUUCGUCUCCUGGCUCUCUCGGUUUUCUCCCAGUCAAUUCGAACGGAUGGUGGAAUUGAUAGGUGGCUUCGUUACUUAUCGAUUGACUCGUCAGCAUGGCCGUAAGCGCAAGGAAAUCACCAAAGAUGGGGAUGAGCUUAUCCCAAGUUUCGCCAGCGCUGCUGGUAACACCCCUGCGGAGCUUCAUGCAGCUAUCAACAAUCGUCGCAGCCCGAACAAAAAGCCAGAGAAGAAGAAAGAAGCUCCAAUUGUAUAUGUGGAAGAUUGGCAGAUCAAGGCCGGAUCAAGAAUAUUGUCUUUGCUAUUCACCGCGAAUACGGAAGGAUCUAGGAGGUCCGAUGUGCAUUCGAGGGAUUCACGGACUCAGCGUCAUCCUAAUUCUACUGCGCAGUCAGGACGGCGUGACAGUUACAUGGUCCCCAUCAGUGCUUUCUACAAUACCUUGCUGGACUAUUCGGACCUCAUUGCUGACUUUGAAGUUUGGGAGUCAAAGGGUUCCAAGUUCUCUUUCUGCCAGUAUCCUUUCCUCUUGAGCAUUUGGGCCAAAAUCCACAUCAUGGAGCAUGACGCUCGCCGUCAGAUGGAGGUCAAAGCUCGCGAGGCCUUUUUCAGCAGCAUCCUCAAUCACCGUGCGGUCAGUCAAUAUCUUGUUCUGAAAGUGCGGCGAGAAUGUCUUGUUGAAGACAGCUUGCGUGCCGUGAGUGAGUCUGUUGGGGCUGGAUCCGAAGAAAUCAAAAAGGGGCUCCGCAUUGAAUUUGUCGGAGAGGAAGGUGUUGAUGCUGGUGGACUUCGCAAGGAGUGGUUCCUCCUGCUUGUGCGGGAGGUCUUUGAUCCCUACCACGGUCUCUUCAUCUACGAUGACGACUCCCAGUAUUGCUAUUUCAAUCCGUAUUGCUUUGAGUCCUCUGAACAGUUUUACUUGGUUGGCGUUCUGCUUGGCCUUGCGAUCUACAAUUCUACCAUUCUAGAUGUCGACUUGCCACCAUUUGCGUUUAGGAAAUUGCUUGCAGCCGCUCCACAGAACACUGGGUUACAUCCAUCCAACCCGCACCACUCAAAGUUCAAGUGUACAUUGGACGACCUCGCCGAGUUCCGACCCGCUCUUGCCAAGGGACUUCGGGGCCUCCUCGAGUUCGAUGGCGAUGUUGCGGAGACGUUCUGCUAUGACUUUGUUGCGCAAGUUGACCGGUAUGGAGAAGUUGUGACUGUGCCCUUGUGCGCUGGGGGCGAGAAGCGACCUGUGACCAAUUCGAAUCGCCGCGAGUUUGUCGACAUGUACGUUCGCUACCUUCUUGACACAGCCGUGGCUCGGCAGUUUGAGCCGUUCAAACGGGGGUUCUUUACCGUGUGCGGGGGUAAUGCUCUCUCGCUGUUCCGAUCGGAGGAAAUUGAGUUGCUCGUUCGCGGCUCCGACGAACCGCUCGAUGUGACAUCGUUGCGGGCCGUUGCUACCUACGAUAAUUGGUCAGCUCAGCGACCCGAGGCAAUUGCAGCGGUGCAAUGGUUCUGGGACUUCUUCGAGUCUUCCCCGCCCCAAGCCCAACGAAAGAUCCUGUCUUUCGUGACGGGCAGCGAUCGGAUUCCGGCGAUGGGCGCCACUAGUUUGUCUAUUCGGCUCGCAUGCCUCGGAGACGACUGCUCCCGGUAUCCGAUCGCACGGACCUGCUUCAACAUGCUCGGCCUGUACCGCUACGGCUCUCGGGAGAAGCUUGAGAAGCUGCUUUGGGAUGCAGUUGUGAAUAGCGAGGGCUUUGGGUUGAAAUAA